CAAAGUUUCUCUUCAGUCUUCAGACAACGCGUGUUGGUCCUUGGACCAUCGUCUUCAUCUUCGUCCUCGUCAUCCCUUUUCCUCUUAAACAUAUUAACAAUUUCCAGAUAUUUCUGAAAAUUUACCGGGUAGGUUCUCAAUUCUCCAUCCAGAUGUUCCUUUUCAUUUCAUUCCAAUUGUUUUUAUCGACUUUUUUGGGGCCCUUUAUUGCGUUUGGAAAAUUGGCCCUUUUUGUAAACUUCAAAUUCUUAUAAUGUUCGCGUAUAUUUGUUGGCUUGAGGCAUCAGGUUAAUUAAUCUAGUGAGGCUUUCCUUUCUCUCCUUCUUUCUUGCUUUGGGUAUUUUGGCGUGAUUGGGGGGAUUUUGGGUUCGCAAUGCUACACUUUUUAUUGGGGAAGUUAGGAUUUUCUUGAUGUAGUUACGAUAAUCUGACUCUUGAGCUGUAUCAAUUGUUUCAAUUGUUACUUAUUACGGAAAGUUAGGUUGAUUGAUCUGGUGCGCAAUUCGGUAACCCAGGUAUUGAUAUUCCUCAACUUCAGUGCUGAAAAGAUCCUGGUUUCGUAUCGUGUAACUAACUAUAAGCGUAUUCAUAGUAAUUGAAAUGGAAAUUACUGAAUGUUGUUAAAGGGUUAUUAUCUCUUUUGUUAAAGGAAUCCGCAUCCCCUCCCGCGUCCAAAUUUUGUAGCUAAGACAGCUCCUUUGUUAUGCUUCGUGAUGAUUGUGUUAACCGCUUUAAUUAAAGUUAAACGAUGCCCUUUCAUUUGCUUUUCCCUUUUGCUGGGUAAGGGUUUGUUAGCUUAUAAUGAUCAUUAUUGUGAAUUUUUAGUUGAAGUGCUUCCCCAUUUUUCUUUGUUUGCUCUGCUGGGCAGUUAUCCUUCGUUUUUUUCACUUGAUGUUGUUGUUUAUUUGUGAAGUAGCAUAGUUCUUUGGAGAUUCUCGGGGCACCUGUUUGGUUCAUGGCCCCCAUAAUGUAGUUUGGAUAAUGUAUGCUCAAGUGACAGCUUAUUAGUUUGUCUAUUUCUCUUUGCUGCUAGCUACUGAAUUAUUGUAAACUGAUGCAGUUAUUAAGAAGGUUCUUAGAAUAGGAUGGCUCCUGACAUAUGGCCAAAGUUUCCUGCUUUAUUGAAUUGGAUAGCUUCUGAAUUGCCCUUUCCUCGAAUUGUUGACAAAAUGCUAAAGUUUUAUGUUCUUGAAUAAUAAAUCUCUUCACUUGAUUUGAGGAAAGAUCUUGCUUUGAGAGUGGUGCUGGGAGUUCAUCUCUAAGAUUUUCGUUUCGCUGCCCUGUGAAACCUGAAAUUUUUCACUACUGAUUACUAUUAGUGACGAUUCUCACUUAAAGUCUAGUCUAAAAUUUUCCUGAGAUUGGUCCAGUUAUAUUUAUUUGCUGAUUUUCUGGUGUUAUUUAUAUAUUAAGUUUCUAUUUUGUUGUUCAUAGUUCUUGAAGGCGAUGGCAGAGGAAGAUGUAAACCUGUCAGGUUUCAGGUCUAAGUUGACCCAAACACAGCUUGAAUGGAAACAGGAAAUGGAGAAAAAUCAGGUGCAAGUGGAUGCUUUGCAAGCAAAACUUUUGGAAGUGAAGGCAAGUGUACAAGGUUCCGAAGAAGAUACAAAGAAGGAGUUAGAUGUUCUAUGGCGAAGAGUUAAAACUACUGCUACUAUGUUAACGUAUUUGAAAUCCAAAGCUAGAAUCAUGGCUGUUCCACAUCUGGCCCAUACUUCAUGUGGUAUAAAGCAGCUGGAUGGAGUUGGACUAGUCGACAAAAAUGGUGUACCAUUAUCGAGAUGGUCAAGAAAUGUGGACCUUACUCCAUUUGAAGAUUUAGGGGAGGGAACUUGGUUGGAUAUUGGUAGUCAGAAUGGUUGUGUUGAUGAACAAGAUGGGGCUUACAUUGUUGAGCUAUUGAAAGGGGUAGAAAUGGUUACAGAUGUCAUGGAAUGUCUUGUCAAGAGGGCUAUAGUGGCAGAAUCCGAAACUGCUAUGGAGAAGGAGAAGGUAACUGUAGGGCAGGAAGAGAUAAAACGAAAGGCUGUUCAAAUCGAGAACAUGUCUGUAAAGUUAGAGGAGAUGGAAAAUUUUGCUUUGGGAACAAACUGCAUUCUGAAUGAGAUGCGUCAGAGGGUGGAAGAGUUGGUUGGGGAAACUUCUCGACAGAGGCAAAGAGCUGCAGAGAAUGAGCUGGAGCUUGCCCGAGUUAAGAGAGAUUUUGAAUCCCUGAAAACCUAUGUCAGUAGUCUUAUUAGUGUGAGAGAGACACUUCUUUCCUCCGAAAAGCAAUUCCAGACGAUCGAGAGGCUUUUCGAGCGGUUAGUUGCAAAGACUAGUCAACUAGAGACAGAGAAGAUGCAGAAAGAGACUGAGGUUCAGAAACUCAUGGAAGAGAACGUCAAGCUUAGCGCUCUACUUGACAAGAAAGAGGCCCAACUCUUGGCCAUGAAUGAGCAAUGCAAGGUUAUGGCACUGAGUGCUUCCAACAUCUAAUUUGGGAUGCUCACAAAUUAUGUCGCCCAGAUCAUUCUUCUUCUUUGACAUGACUCACCGCCUGCGCCAAACUUCAGUGGAUGCCGGUUACCUCUGCAGAUGAAUUCUGCCUGCAAUGGGAAUGAUUCCUUCCCCAUUGACAUGGCUUCGCACCUCUGUUGCUGUUUUCUUCUGUCGCUUUCCUUACGAAUGCUUGAAGUUAGUUGAUGUUGGUGCAAAGUUCUAAUCUUGGACUUGAAACUGUUGACCUUCACUGAAGUGCAUAAUGUCAAUAAUCAAAUGUAGAAGUUGUGAUGUAUUACUGUUGUGCUUGGGCAAUAAUGAUAGUGAUUGUCGUUUCAUCUGGCUAAUAUCAGUUUUCUCCAUAACCUUCCACAUAUGGAACAAUGGGUCUGUUCUUGUGUUCUACCCUGUUUCUGGACUUGCUCAAAUAAAGAAGAAGAAACUCAACAUCUAAAUAUUUUAAAAUUGACAUCUCCAAAAAGGGAAUAAUAGUAACAUUUUAUAGCUACUUAUCUGCCCCUACAAUCCACUACUUGAGAAAUAUUUUAUCAUAAUUAAAACUCCAUGUAACCAAGCAUUUUAUGUGUACUAUAUUUAAUGAAAUUUCUAAGUUAUCCUAUAUAUGUACUAUAUUAAAUGAAAUUUCUAGGUUUUACUUCCUUUUUUUGUAUUGAAAGAAUAAUAUUUUAAAUUAUUUUUUCUAUCCUG